UUCUCAACAUUUCUGCAUUUGACUAUUAUUAGUCUAGAUUUCUGUGAACAUCCUGGUGUCAUUUUACAGUUUUAUAUAUCUGCCAAAUUUUAGAGAUAUAUGGAAAAUUACACACACUUAAACUUUGGCGACCUGGAAUCCGUCCAUGAGAAAGUGCCUCAUCUCCCUGAUCCCGUUACUCACGGGUUCUUCUUGCCUCCUGCCCAAAAUACUCUUCAUUUCAUGGUGUUUCCUGACAGCCUGCACAGCUCUCAUUGAACCCUGGUGGAUUUAUUCAUCCCUUACAACUCCUUUAUCUCCACUCUCAGACAUUUGUCUGUUAUUGGAGUGUUUGCCUGCCAUCAUGGCGACGGGCAGCGCGCAGACGGACGUGAAGGGCUCUCUGAACGGGAGCACGGAUUUGUAUCGCAGCUGGUUCGGUCCUACGACCCCACGACCUCCUCUACGAAAUUACCUGCUCCUGACCAUCCUAACCUGCUUCUGUCCGGCCUACCCUGUCAACAUUUUAGCCCUGGUGUUCUCUGUAAUGUCCAGAAACAGUUAUGAUCAGGGAGAUUAUGAGGGUUCGAGGCAUUUAGGGAAGAUGGCACUCUGUGUGUCCAUUGCCUCCAUCAUCAUCGGCAUCCUCAUCAUCACCAUCUUCUGCGCUGUGCAUUUCAGCACGAAAGAUGUGUAAGAUGACAGUAUUUUGUCGUGCUGUGCUCUGGGUGAAGGACGUACACUGGGUCGCUCUGUCUGUUGAACUGAACGGAUAUUUUAGUCAUGAAACCAAGAGCAGGACAGAUCCAGCACAGGACAUCAGCUCUCCUCCAUCUGCAGUCCAGCUCUUAAUGAACAUGCUUAUAGAAGAGAGAGGUAGAUGACGGGGCUUGAAAAGUUAUGCCAUUUUUGUCAAGAAAUUUUUACAAUCACAUUCAAUAUAUGCACUUUUAAACCACUGAAUAUUAUGCAUCAAUGCACAUACUGAAUAUGUAAAUAAUUUUGUAACCCAUGCAUGUCUGUUCUUUUUCUAAUUCUUUUUGUGGCAAUCCAGUGUUGAAAUGUACAGCUAGGGUUGAAUGUCACUACAAAAAUGAUUAAUAGUGACCUUAACUACUAAAUAUCAUUUCAACACAUCACACUGUUUACAGUCUUCAAGUCUUAACAGCUCUUAUAAAAUCUGUAAAAAAAAAAAAAUUAUGGAAAAUGUAAAUAUUACCAAUGUUGGUGCUUAGUAUUUUCCUCUGCCAGUAGAUCAUGAAAACAAGAAAAGGCUCUUUAAUAAAAAAUAAAAAAAAUACUGAUUCUAUAUAUUUGAGUUUAAAAUUUUCUCAGUUUUCAUGUAGGCUAGUCUGUGGAGAUGCUUAUGUGUUGUCAGAUGUUUUACAAAUUAAAAAGACACUAAUUUGGAAAUAAUGUUUUGAUGAACUUGUCCUGAUUACAUUAUAAACUUCAUUUUAAAAAAAGCACCAUUCAUACAAAACUGAAAUGUAUAAUUUUUGCACCACUAAUGCCACCGCACGAUUUUCCCACAACUAUGUGUGGGACAACAACAACAACAUGAACAACUAAAAUCAACAAUAAUAAUAGUAAUAAUAAUAAUAAUGCAACAAAUUGGCAGCAAAAGCAUGUCUCGCAUCUCAAGCAACUUCCAUACAUUAUUAUGGAUAUGGAAGUAAAAUGAAUUUCACUUAUCAGUCUUAAACUUAUGUAAGAAAUAAAAUCACUACAGAAGUGAGAAAUGAUAGCGUCAUACUGAGAUUGAAGCUAUUGCCCCUCAUUUAUUUUUCUAUCUCCCCCAACCCGCUUAAUCUUCAGGCCAGAGAGCUGGUGUAUUUGGAGAUGUACCUUCAGCCCUCAUUUGUGCUAUAUAUAGUGUUGGGUCUCAAUCCCGCGGUGGUGUCAGGGGCCUCUUGUUAUCCCAGCAUGUUCAGGCCAGCGGGGUCACAUGACAUAGGAUAGCUGGUUCAGCACUGCCUGUGCUGAAAAACACAAGAAUGUCCCCACGCUCCUGGGAAACAGCCCAGUAAACAGGCUGAGUUAGAAUGUGAAAUGUGUUAUGGGACAUCAGGGGCGUUUCUAGCCUUUCAUAAGUACUGGGGCGCAGAACCCCUAUCAACAAGUGUCCCCAUGUUUUCAUACUCUUUCAUGAUACUGUUUUGGAUAUAUUCCUCCCUCUUCUAGCUUAAACUAUUCUGGACAAUGUUUGAAACUUUGUAUUGCUAGUACAUCUUGUGUUAUAGACCUUAAAGGGAUAGUUCACCCAAAAAUAACGUACUCACCCUCAA